GGGGCAGGGUCCUUGGAAAUGGGACAGGCAGCGGUGCCUGUCCACUUGUGCCUGACCUCAGGGGGGGUGCUUUGGUGCUAGGCUUUAAAAGCCUGACUAGGCCAUAGUGGGGACCCUGACAGGGAGCCCAGAGGCCUUGUUAUCAGGUACACAUCAGUGCUCAGAUUUAGAGAGCUUAGAUUUCAGCCAAGACCUGGCAGGACUGUUGUCCCCAAGUGCUAUUCUCUCACAGCUCCUUGCCCUGGGUACCAGACCUGUUCAGAUCUGACCUCUCUAGUUCUGUCUUUUAUCGCUGCUUCCCAGGGUCCUUGUUAGAGGGUGUAGGUAGGGGCUCAUUGAAAGAAGGGUUGUGCACAGUACUGGGGUAGCCCCACCCAGGCUCUGAUCUGACUCAUCUGCUCAGCUGGCUGGGUAAGGGCUUGGUGCCCUGGAGCCUGACAGGCUGUAGUAGGCAUAUAUAAAAGCAUGCUCUUCCAGUCCGAGGAGCUUUAUCUGUCACUGCCUGCUGCUGCAAGAUGCUGGGAGGCCUGGGGAAGCUGGCAGCUGAGGGCCUGGCCCACCGCACGGAGAAAGCCACUGAGGGAGCAGUUCACGCAGUGGAGGAGGUGGUGAGUGAGGUGGUGGGCCACGCCAAGGAGGUUGGAGAGAAAGCCCUUACUGAUGCCCUAAAGAAAGCCCAAGAGUCAGGGGACAGGGUGGUGAAGGAGGUCACUGAGAAGGUCACCCACACCAUCACUGACGCUGUCACCCAUGCUGCAGAAGGCCUGGGGAGGCUGGGACAGUGAGUCCGCCCACCGGCAUGGCGGUCCUUCCUGAAAGUCAAUAAAAAUCAUGAAAUGUGAA